CUUUUCUAUCAGUCAUGAAAACCGUAGACCUAGUGGAUGUAAAUGAGAAUGAGAAUGAGACUGAUAGCAUUUCUACCUAUUUUAAAGUCAAGGCCUCAAGAAGCAUCCAAGUCGAUGAUGGGGAGAAAUCAUUAUUUGUAAUUUUCUUGGUAAAUAUAACUCCUAACAUAAGAAUAUGGAAAUCAUUGCAUAUGCCUCGAAAUUUGAAGAUUAUCAAUGAAAUUCUAUGCACUAAUUCUGUGGAGGAAACUUGCCAAGUCUGUUCUGAGCAGAAUGGGGGCAUCUGGAAUGAGAAAUUUGGUCUCAGAUCGAUAAUGAAUGAUUCUCAACUGAAGGCGGUUCUUGCCUGUCUUGAUAGCGUGCAUUGUGAUCACAGAUCGUCUGUGCAACUGAUAUGGGGUCCCCCUGGGACAGGCAAAACUAAAGCUGUUAGUAUGCUUCUCUUUACACUGUUAAGAAUGAAAUGCAGAAUCCUUACUUGUGCCCCAACAAAUGUUGCAAUUAAAGAAGUGGCCUCCCGUGUUCUAAAGCUGCUGAAAGAAACUGUUAAAACAGACAACCAUGGGACAGGCACUCUGUUUUUUCCUGUUGGAGAUAUUCUCUUGUUUGGGAGUAAGGAGAGACUCAAAGUUGGUGAAGAAAUGCAAGAAAUAUAUUUGGAUUAUCGUGCUAAAAGGCUUUCAAAGUGUUUUGGGGUGCAAACUGGCUGGAGGUAUUACUUUGCUUCCAUGAUUGAUUUACUUGAAGAUUGUGUUUCUCAGUAUCACAUUUUCUUGGAAAAUGAAUUGAUAAAGAAAAGAGAAAACAGUAAUGAAGAUGAAAUCAAAGAGGAGUCUAAAGAGGAGUUCAAGUCAUUUCUUGAAUAUAUGAGAGAAAGAUUUAACUAUACUGCCACUUCUCUUAGGAAUUGUAUAUAUAUCCUCUGUACUCAUAUAUCCAAAAGUUUCAUUUUGGAAAAUAAUUUUCAAAACAUGGUAGCUCUGAUCACUUUACUUGAUUCUUUUGGAACUUUAUUGUUUCAAGACAGUGUAGCUUCUGAGGAACUAGAAGAGCUCUUUUCACAUUCAGUAGCUGAAGAUUUUUCUUCGUCAUCUGGGCAUAAAAACUACUUGUUGCACAAGAGGAGGGGUGAAUGUCACACUGUUUUAAGAAUUCUUCUGGAUUCCUUAAGCGAACUUGAGCUCCCAAGUUAUAUGAACAUAGAAUCAUUAAAAGAUUUCUGUUUUAAAACAGCUUCAGUAAUAUUCUGCACUGCUUCUAGUUCAUUUAAGCUGCAUUCAGUGGCCAUGGAACCACUGAACAUUCUGGUCAUUGAUGAAGCGGCACAACUAAAAGAAAGUGAGUCAACAAUACCGCUGCAACUCCUGGGCUUAAAGCAUACUAUUCUCAUUGGGGAUGAGUGCCAAUUGCCAGCAAUGGUUGCAAGCAAUGUUUCUGAUGAAGCUGGUUUCGGGAGAAGUUUAUUUGAGAGGUUGAGCUCAUUGGGUCACUCUAAACACCUGCUCAAUGUACAGUAUCGAAUGCACCCCUCAAUCAGCUACUUCCCAAAUUCAUAUUUCUAUGACAACCAGAUUUUAGACUCCCCGGUUGUUAAAAGAAAAAGCUAUGAAAAAGUCUUUAUGUCAGGAUCACCAAUGUUUGGUCCAUAUUCUUUCAUCAAUAUAUUAGAUGGGAGAGAAGAGUUAAUCAGCCAUAGCCGGAGAAAUAUGGUUGAGGUAGCAGUUGUGGUGAAAAUAUUGCAGAACCUGUACAAAGAUUGGAAUGGCUCAAAACAGAAGCUGAGCAUUGGCAUAGUCUCACCUUACAGUGCUCAAGUAGUAGCAAUUCAAGAAAAACUUGGAGGCAAGUAUAAGAGCAGUGACGGCUUUACUGUCAAAGUGAAGUCAAUUGAUGGGUUUCAAGGAGGAGAGGAGGACAUUAUUAUAAUUUCCACUGUGAGAAGUAACAAAAGUGGAUCCAUUGGAUUCUUGUCCAAGCCACAGAGAAUCAAUGUCGCACUUACAAGGGCUAGGCACUGUUUAUGGAUUUUGGGGAACGAGAGAACCUUAACUCAUGGUGAAUCUGUUUGGGAAAUCUUAAUCCGUGAUGCGAAGGACCGGCAUUGUUUCUUUAACGCUGAUGAAGAUAAGGAUAUGGCCAAAGCUAUAUUAGAAGCCAAAGAAAAGCUUGAUGAGUUGGAUGAAUUGCUGAAUGCUGAUAGUAUACUUUUCAGAAAUCAAAAGUGGAAGGUUGUUUUUAGUGAUAGCUUCUUAAAAUCUUUCAAAAAACUGACAUCAGACCGCAAUAGGAAGUCAGUUAUCAACCUUCUACUGAAACUUUCAAGUGGCUGGCGACCCAAGGGGAGGAACAUAGAAUCUGUUUGUGAAAGAUCUUUGCAUAUUAUUAAGCAAUUCAAAGUUCAAGGUCUUUAUACAAUUUGCACAAUUGACAUAGUAAGAGAAUCGAAUUACACCCAAGCUCUGAAAGUGUGGGAUAUAUUGCCUUUGGAAGAUGUUCCAAAUUUGGUAAAACGUAUGGAUGAUAUAUUUGUUAGGUACACUGAUGAUUACAUAAACCGUUGCAAAGAGAAGUAUAUUGAAGGGAAUUUGGAAGUUCCCAAGACUUGGGCAGCCUCUUCAGAAAUUGUUCGUUUCAAGAAUCUUGCUGACAAUAAGAGUGGAAGUGACUAAGUGAAGUUGUUUCAGACAGUAGGAGUUAUGUUGAGAAUUCAAAGGCGAUUGAUAGUUUGUUGCUGAUGAAAUUCUACUCUUUAUCAUCAAGUGUCGUGAACCAUCUGCUUUCCGACCGUGAUGGUAGAGAAUUGGAUCUUCCAUUUGAUGUAACAGAUGAACAGUUGGAGAUGAUUCUGUAAGAUUAAUCACAUAAAUUUAUUCAUGCAAGCU